AUGGACGUCGAACUAGAUCAUGGGCACGGCCACGGGAUGGUCGCGUUCGUCGUCACCCUGCUCAUGGUGGUGCUGUCCGGCGUCUCUGUUGCUCUUCGACUGGCGUCUCGAUUCUAUCUGCGGCAGGCCGUGAAUCGUCGUGAUUGUUUGAUUGUGGUGGCAUGGAUAACCGCAUUUGGGCUGUCCUUCUCGAUCCUCUACGGGACCUCCAAAGGGCUCGGGAUCGAGUUGGAAUCUAUCCCCUCGGAACUAAGGCCGCAGCUGAAGAAAGCGCUAUAUGCAUUCUCAGUCCUUUACAAUCCUACUAUGAUGUUGACCAAGACAUCGGUGCUGCUAUACUAUCUCGAGAGUAUAACUAAAACCCGCGCCUUUCGCUGGGCUGCCUAUGCGACUCUUUUCGUCGUUAACGCUGCCGGCCUGGCUCUGCUCUUUGUCAACAUCUUUCGCUGCAAGCCCAUCCGCUCGGUGUACACUUACCCGGCCAUCAAGGAUACGGUUUGCAUCAACUUCGUUGACCUCAAUCUAGCAUCUGUCCCCCUCAAUGUUGUGACAGAUUUCGCUAUCCUUGUCCUACCUCUGCCUGUUAUCACGCAGAUGGCGAUGCCAUUUAGUCACAGGACCGCGAUCAUUCUUAUGUUCACUGCCGCCACCUUAGUCACCACGAUUACUCUGGUUCGCACUGCAAUGCUGCAGCAUGCACAUAUCGCCCAAGUCCAGGUCAAGGAAGCUAUACACUGGCACGGCAUAGACGAAAACGAAUUCCCCUGGCAUGCAUCGGAAUCAUUCAUGUGGUCAGCUGUUGAGGUGAAUGUUGGUAUUAUCUGUACCUGUGUUCCCAUGCUGAAACAGCUGGUCAGCCGACUCUUAGUCAAAUUCUUUGGGAACUCCCACAGAUCUGCCUCACGCAGAGACAUCAAGGAGAAAGCGCCAAUGAGGGGUUCUUACGAUCGACGAACCUCCAUGACUCCCCCACCUCUCGUUAUCGCGGAGAAUAGGCGAUCAUGCAGUCCUGAUUCAGCCUACAGUGAUAUGGAUUCCCAGGGUGGUUUCAGGGAGUCUAGGACUAAGAGAUACCAUUUCCACCAUCUCAGCCAAGACAGCUUCCAUGACAGAGGCGCUGUUAAGCCAAAGAGGACAAAAAGCAUGUUGGAAUUGACCAAUAAGGAAGCACUGCCCUUUUUAACUGCGAUAACCUUCCUGCUCUUUCUAUGGGGAUUCGGAUACGGCCUUCUCAAUACCGUCAACUUCCGCUUCUUAAUUGAAGCAAAGGCAAGUUAUGCCAAAGCCAUAGGCUUACAUGCUGCAUACUUUGCAGGCUAUGUCAUCGGACCAGCGGCGGCUGGCUUGCUCUUGAAGAAGUCUACCUUCAAACUCACCUUUAUUGUUGGACUGUGUCUUUAUGCCUGCGGCAUUUUCAUUUCGUGGACUUCUGCAGUGCUUCAAUCCUUUGAAACCUAUGUCUUUUCAAAUGUCGUUACCGGCGCUGGCAUGGCUAUUGUCCAGACCACGUCUCACCCUUUCCUUGCCCUUUGUGGACCGCAGGAAUACGCAGAAAUGCGCCUUAACAUUGCCCUUGGCUUCCAGUCAAUCGGUAGCGUAAUAUCAUCGAUACUGGCCAAGAAGGCAUUUUCGCUUAGGGAGAUUGAUGCCCACGAUCUUGUGCAAAUGAAGUGGGCUUACUUUGCCAUGGCUCUUCUUCACAUUAUCCUAGCCAUUGCGAUGCAUUACCUCUCCCUCCCGGAGGCCAACGAUAAUCAGCUCGCAGACCUCGCACGCCAGCGCCAAAUGGCCAACUCAGCGAAGAUAUAUGAUGUCCGUGUCGUCUGGGUUACACUUGGGUUGGCCGUUUUUGCCCAGUUCCUCUUUGUCGGUGGUUCAGAAGGUAUCAACGUACACUUCAGGAAGCUCGCUAGACAGACUAGAAUCAAAAAUGUCACGUCUUUUGAAUCUCAAGCAUUUGGUUUUGCGCUCUUCGCCAUUGGGCGGUUCGCAACUGUUGGCGUGCAAUUAGUCGCGAAACCACGCACCAUCCUUUUAAUUCUCUAUCUUGGUCUCAUCGGCUGCACCGUAGCAGCAGUGACCAUACACGGCCGACUUGCCAUGGUCGGGGCCUUAGGCACAUAUUUCUUCGGCAGCGGCAUUUACGGCCUCACCUUCGCCAUUGCCCUGCGCGGCAUGGGCCAUCAUACCAAAGCUGCUUCCGCAUUGCUAACGGCAGCAGUCUCUGGCGGUGCAGUAUUUACUUGUAUCCAACGAUCCGUCGCCACCAGCCGAGGAGUCCAGUUCUCCUUCGUUGUUCCUGCUGUUCUAUUCACCGUCUGCUUGGUCUUCCCGAUCUACCUAAACACCUUCGCCCUAGCAAAGAGACAUACGGACCCUACCCUAAAAAACCACCGGGCAAGAGGCACUAGUGUCGCAUUCCAUCCUACCCAAGAUAACCGCGGAGAGGGAUUCGCUGUCCCAGAGUCAAUAUUUCCUUCUCAAGAAACUAUCGCACGAGUCGUUCAGAAGUCGCAGGAUCGAACCUCAGCUUACAUAUCUACGUCACCUGUACAAUCACCAAAGCGUCCAAAGGGCCAUUACCGCGGUGGCCUAAUGCACAGCUUAUCGUCCUGGCAUGCGUCGUUGAGAUCCCCUACUUCAGAUAGGGCGUCCUACGGCGAACCAAGUCGGUCGUCGGGCAGGUGGGACAGCAGUCCCAAGUCCGAGAGGAGAUGGCCGCCUAGCUCGUCUGCUCCUCCGCUCGAGAUGGACGAGGUAGAUGCACGAGAAAACUCAGAGAACUAUUAUUAUCGUGCAGGAGAGAUAUAUAAAGAUAUCAGAUGA